GCUGCAAGCGCGGACAGGAGGUCCGCUCCGGUCGGUGGCCCAGUGCGUGGACCCUGAGGCCCCGUGCACCCCCGCACAAGGCGGAAUUCCCGGAGUUCCGAGCGCUCGGCCUGGCCCUUCGGCCCCGCCCGCCGCCCCGAGUGAAGACUGAGGCCCGGCUGACUCGUCUCCUCGCGGGAGCCAUGAACCAGUCCCAUGCAGGCACCCGCCUGCGCGUCGUGCUGGGACACCUCGGCCAGCGCUCGGCCGGCGUCGGUGUAGCUCACUCCACUUCAGGAGCUGUUUCUCCUGACAGUUUCCAUCCUCCACAAUUCCAGUAUACUCGGGAUAAUAAUGUUCUAAGCCUAGAACAGAGAAAGUUUUAUGAAGAAAAUGGGUUUCUCGUCAUUAGAAAUUUGGUGUCUGAUGCUGAUAUUGAACGCUUUCGGAACGAGUUUGAAAGAAUCUGCAAAGGGGAGGUGAAACCACAGGGAAUGAUGAUAAUGAGAGAUGUAAGCAUUGCAAAAUCACAAUUUACUCCAGGUGAAAAGAUGGUUUCAAAGAUCCAAGAUUUCCAAGAAGAUGAGGAACUCUUCAGAUACUGCACUCUCCCUGAGAUUCUGAAAUAUGUGGAGUGCUUUACUGGACCGGAUAUUAUGGCCGUGCAUACAAUGCUGAUAAACAAACCUCCAGAUUCUGGCAAGAAGACAUCCCGCCACCCCUUGCACCAGGAUCUGCACUAUUUCCCCAUCAGGCCCAGCAAUAACAUAGUUGGUGCUUGGACAGCCAUGGAGCACAUCGACCGGAACAAUGGCUGCCUGUGUGUGCUCCCGGGCAGUCACAAAGGUGACCUGAAGCCACAUGGUUAUCCCAAGUGGGAGGGCGGAGUUAACAUAAUGUUCUACGGGAUUCAGGACUAUGAUGAAAACUGCCCCCGAGUGCAUCUUGUGAUGGAGAAGGGAGACACUGUUUUCUUUCAUCCUUUGCUCAUCCAUGGAUCUGGUUGGAACAGAACUCAAGGAUACCGGAAGGCAAUUUCCUGCCAUUUCGCCGGUGCAGACUGCCACUACAUUGAUGUGAAAGGCACCAGUCAAGAAGUCGCUGAGAGGGAUAUUUCACGGAUAGGAAAAAAAUUAUAUGGAAUUCCAGAUGACAUCAGUCUGCAGGAUGUGCUUAGAUUUCGAGUGCGGCUGGUGAAAGGAAAGAGGAUCAACCUAUGAGAUAGCCAUUGGCUUGAGCUCUUUGAGAGAAAACAGAGCAAAUCAAGGUGCCUGGGGAAAAUGUUUUCUUAACAAGCUAUCCUAAUCUUUUCUAUUGCUUGUUCUCCAAAUCAUGACACGAGGAUAAGGUACUUGCUGGUAUGUGGUUAGUUCUGCAUGCAGACCUGUUGCUUUCAUGGAGGAAGAUAUGUAACAGUGGCUGAUUACUGGUUUCAGGAAAACUGAGGGUUGCAGCUAAUAAAUGUGUUUCCUAU